GCUCGUGUUUACCAUCUUUGCAAUUCAACGUGCAACACCAUGCAGUCCCUUGGGAUCUCUCUCUCGUCCAGAUACCACGAUCUCCAUUUCAUCCCAGCAUACAUAACAGCCCUCGUAUCUGCCCAGUAUGCGCUAGCCACGCAUCCUACGGCCGCAGCUCAUCUCAUAUCCUCAAUUUCAUCGAUCUUCACUCCUUCUACGCAAAGCCAUUCUCAAUCUGCAACUCCACCAACCACCAGCUUUGAGAUAUGGCCAAUCCCGGUUUGGGCAAUGGUGCCAGUGUGUAUCGUGCUCGCCAUUUCUACAGCAGGAAUCAUGAAAAGUGUGAAAGCUGAUAAGCUUUAUGCUACUUUGAUUCUCGCUGCAUUGGGUUUGGUUUUUGGUGGGGGGAAAGUGCUUGAUUUGGAUGCUGAGGUGGUGGUCUUUGGAUUGUUUCCUCUUGCUUUCGUCUCGGCCUUGAAUCUGGUGAGGGUUGCACAAGCCUGGAGAGGUACGGAAGAGAGUGCUGAGGUGAGGUUGUCGGAGAAGGUUUGAAUCGGUCGCAUUAGGGAUGUGGCAUUGGAGAGUUCUUGGAAAAUGGAAUCUGGGUUGCUCUUCUCUUGUCACAAACUUCGGGAACCUGAGAGAGUGGGCGGCGCUAUAAGAUGGGAGUUGGCUAUGCAAUUUGAUAUUGUACAAUGAAUCCCAAUGUACCAGCCAAUUUUGUAUAAUGCAGUGGAAGUACGUUGCAAAUCUUGUACAUUGAAGCAGAUGACGAACUCAGUGUUUAUCUUAGUCUGAUGGUGUGGAAGGAGAAUUAAGUUAAUGCUCGGUGGUCGUUUGGGAUGAGGGGGAAUUUAGGAGCAUAUGGAUGUCGGUUGUCGCCUCGGGUCGACAAUCAGCUCCAGUGCCCGUGGGACCGUCGAACAUUCAGCUAAUAGACACGGACUCAAUGUGCUCGGUCU